AUGCCUUUUGAAGUGUUUACAGAUAUCACCAAUAAUGGUCUAUUCUACUUUGCUGCUAGUGCAUUGCUUUGGGACGAAAUGUUUUUGAGUUUUGAAUUGCUUUUCGAAGGUUUCGUUCAUAUUUUUGGCACUGCUCCCUAUACUAUUCUUACUGACAAUGAUCUCAUAAUGUCUGAUGCUAUCUGUUUCAUUCUUACUAGUAAGCAUAGUACCAAAUAUGGUCUUUGUAUUUGGCACAUGUUAAAGAAUAUAAGGUUCAAUAUGACUUCUAAGCUUAGAAUAAAGUAUAACAUGUUUCAUGCAGAUCUUAUAAAAUGUCUCAAUCAUUAUAUUGAUAAAAAUAAGUUCGAAGAGCUAUGA